UGACUCGCACGUUCCUCGUUUCAUCUUUCUUCGGCGUCGUUGUGUCCGUGGUUAGUUUUCGUUGGAAUCGUUUCUGUUCUGUUCUGUUUGUUGUACCGUUGCAAACAAACAAACAAAAAAUACACAAAGUCUAAAAUACCAAAAUGAUUUAACAUCCAAUGUGUUACGAACUCUAUUUAAGCCCAAAACGUUUUUUUAAAAAUUCGCGUUAAGUUUUUAGCCGUUUGCAUAUAUUGUCAGUUAGUUUAAUUUCGCAUAAAACCGCAAUCAUCAUGGGUCUGUCGGAUAUACCAUCCAACUACAUGCAAAAAUCCAGCCAUGUCCUACAUCAGCAACAGCAGCAACAAAUUAAUCUUCAUAAUCAGCAUAAUCAUCAUCAUCAUCAACAUCAUUACAAUGCGGCAGCUGCCGCCGCUCAUGUCCUGGCCAUGGAAAACAGCGAACUGAUGAUGAGUCCCAAAGACAAAAUGUCCACCAAAAAGAAAAUGCUCAAGAAAAUCAAGAAACGUUUCGGACUCGUUCGCCGUUCGCCCUCCUCCUGCCCGGGUCCGAAUAAUUUGCCACCCCUGCAAUUUCAUACGGUACAUGGUGAUAAUAUACGCAUCUCCAGGGAUGGUACGCUGGCGCGUCGCUUCGAGAGCUUUUGCCGUGCAAUCACGUUCUCGGCUCGGCCGGUGCGCAUCAAUGAGAGAAUUUGCGUGAAGUUUGCGGAGAUUUCGAACAAUUGGAAUGGCGGCAUUCGUUUCGGUUUCACCAGCAACGAUCCGGCAACGCUGGAAGGUGGCCUGCCCAAAUACGCGUGUCCCGAUCUAACAAACCGACCGGGCUUCUGGGCAAAAGCGCUGCACGAACAGUACUGCGAAAAGGACAACAUAUUGUACUAUUAUGUGAACAAUGCCGGCGACGUCAUCUAUGGCAUCAACACCGAGGAGAAGGGCGUCAUUUUGUCUGGCAUCGACACGCGCGGCAUGCUCUGGACAGUCAUCGAUGUCUAUGGCAAUUGCACCGGCAUUGAGUUUUUGGACGCACGCAUUUACGUGUAUCAACAGCAGCAACAGCAGCAGCAGCAACAAUUGCAACAGCAGCAACAGCAACAGUUGCAGCAGCAACAACAACUGUCUGCUGCACAACAAUCGCGUCGCUCGCUGCCCGAUCAUGAGCUGGAACGUCAUGUGAUGCCAUCGAUGCAAUCGCUGCAUUUAGCUGGCAACGGCAACGUCGGUGGCAGCAACACCUCAACACCCGCCCACAUUGUGGAGCACGAUCUGGCGAAUGGUUUGCCCCCGUUGCGCUACAAUUGCAACGGCCGCCUCAUCCCCGUUCCCUUCCACAUAACAAAGGGGCGCAAUGUGCGUUUGUCCCACGAUCGUUUUGUGGCCUCGCGCACCGAGUCUGACUUUUGUCAGGGCUAUGUGUUCACGGCUCGGCCCAUCCGGAUUGGCGAGAAGCUCAUCGUGCAGGUGCUCAAAACGGAGCAGAUGUAUGUUGGUGCUCUGGCCCUGGGACUAACGUCAUGCAAUCCGGCCUUGUUGCAGCCGAAUGAUUUGCCCAAUGAUUCGGACUUUCUGCUGGAUCGGCCGGAGUAUUGGGUGGUCAGCAAGGAUAUUGCGGCGGCGCCGCAACGUGGCGAUGAGAUCGCCUUCUUUGUGGCGCCCAACGGUGAGGUGAGCAUCAGCAAGAACAAUGGCCCCGCUGUCGUCGUCAUGCAUGUGGAUCAAUCGCUCCAGCUGUGGGCGUUCCUCGAUGUUUACGGCUCGACGCAAUCGUUGCGCAUGUUCCGCCAGCAGCUGCCCAAUAUGGUGGCCUAUCCGUCGCAGCCACAGAUUAGUGCGGCCAGCUCGGCAACAGCUAUCGCUGCUGCAACUGCCUCCGGCUCGCGUCUGCUGACCGAAUCGUUGAGCAGCCUGAAUGCUGGCCAACUGCUCGGCGCCGCCACCAAAAUGCAACUGAGUGUCGCUCAAUCCAACAGCAGCAACACUUUGGCCUCAGCUGGCGGCACUGGCAAUGGCGGCAGUCGGAUGAUCAGCAUGCCCUCCAAUGGUGACAUACUGCAGAUCCAGCCAAAUGGUGGCGGCACCGUUCUCGUCGUCAAUCUGCCGCCGGCCAACAGCUCGCAUGAUCUCAAUGGACAGCUGACGGCGGCGGCACAGCAGCGCCCAGCAGCCACAGCUGCCACGAUCAGCAGCAGCGGCAUUCUCGCUGGCGCCUGCUCCAGCGGCACAUUGAUCAGCACCACCAGCAGUCAGCAAUAUAUUGAGCCCAUUGCCCAAAGUACGAGCACGCUGAACGGCAGCAAGUGGAAGGACAGCCUCAGCGAUCAACAGAGCACAGAUUCGAGUGCCGAGUGCACCAUUUGCUACGAGAAUCCCAUUGACUCGGUGCUGUAUAUGUGUGGACAUAUGUGCAUGUGCUACGACUGCGCCAUCGAGCAGUGGCGCGGCGUUGGCGGCGGUCAGUGUCCUCUGUGUCGAGCGGUUAUACGCGAUGUUAUCCGCACCUACACCACGUAGGCAACCAACCAAAAUAAUCCUACAAUAACGUCUACAACUUUAACUUUCAACUCGCAAUCGAAUUAAGCAACACUAACAAAAAAGCAAACAAAAAAAAAAAAAACUGCAAAGAAUAUUUUGAGCAUGAGUUUUUAUAACAAGGCGCAAAGAGAGAUAUCAUCACAAAUUCAUCACAAUGAAUUUUUUUUAGACAACUGCUUUGUAUUAGCAAACUAGUUUUUACAGUGGACUAAAAGAAAUCCAACCUGAAACAAUUAGCUGAUAGCUGAUGUCAAUAUUUUUGCAAAGAACUAAAAAAAGAAA